AUGAGUCCCAACAACGACAACAACAAGUCAACUGAUUCCUAUGUGGAUCAAGCGGCCAAUGCCACCAACAGCGCCCUUCAUACAGUGAAAGAUACCGCUAACAAUGCUAUGGACAGUGUCAACCAAGCGAUUUACGGGAAGGAACAGAGCUCCGUGGACAAGACCAUCGAUAGUUCGGCACAGAGUACAAAGGAGACCUUGCACACGGUCCAGGACAAAACUCAAGAGACCAAGGAUGACAUUGCAGACAAGUACGAGGAGAUGACCAAAACUGACGAGGAGAAGCGCAAAGAGGAGAGUUUGGUCCAUCAAGCCAGUGAGAUGGCUAGCGAUGCCUUCAGUUACGUGAAGGAUUCCGUGAGUAAGGUCGUGUACGGAAAGGAAGAGAGCUCAAUUGAUAAGUACGUGGAUCAAACGGCCGACCAGUCGAAGGCCGCUGCUCACACCAUGGAAGAUCAAUAUCAAGAUGCCAAAACCGCAACUUCGGAGGCCGUCUACGGGCAGGAGAAGGAUGAGAUUGACCGAACCGUAGAGUCAUAUGCGGAAGCCACCAAACACGCCCUUCACGAGUCUCAAGAAACGGCUGACAAUAUGAAACGGUCAGCGGAGGAGACCUAUGAGAGCACGGCCGAUUACACGGAUAGGAAAGCCAAGGCCGCCAAAGAGGUUGGAUUGGACCUCAAGAACGAUUUGUCAGAAGCAGCUACCCUCGUGAAAAACGAUCUGAGCGAGGCCAGCUCCCGUCUCACCGAGGCCUAG